AUGUGGUCUUGCAUCUACCCUUUCCCCUGCAACAGUACUCAAUGCCACUACGAUAAUCGUAUCUCACGACUUUUGAGUGAAUGUAUGGCUCUUCCUUCCAGCGGACAUGCAGAAUCCAAUUAUACGUCCUUUAACACCCCCAUGGUGCUUUCCUCAUCGAAUCUCUUACCUAACCCUUCAACUCCAAAUCCGUUUCCACCCACAAUCGCAAACCGCACAGGUGAACAUUUGCCCGGGGGUUCACGCAAACGGCCCCCAAAUCAGAGGGUGUGUUUUGAAGAGACCAUGGAAAUCAUUGUUCCUCGUGAUAACAGUGCUUUUGAAUGCAACACAGAGCUGACCAAUUCCACCGGAUCACAGCAGUCGCCCCUCUUAUCGGAUAGCUUCCCACCGCAUUCUAAACGCAUGGGAGGUCGUCUGCAUCAAGGACCAGUACACCAUGAGAAUUCGCCUCGGGUCAGACGACACACCUAUGCCAACCAUGCAUCGACGGAAAUCGAGCAACUAUCUUCCUCCUCAAAUGUGGUCACAGAGACUACCGGUUUACUUGAAAUGAUGAACUCCUCCAGGCGUCGAAGUAGUCCUGGCCAUCCUUUGACUGAUGAACCGCGCUCCCCUCCACACUCCGCUUACGCCACACAGUCUUGCGCCGUCGUGAGAGCGCGUGGCCACACUACCGCAGGAAUGACCGAGCAUGGUGCCCGUUCCGUGCCCAACAGCGGCCAUCCGCUUCCACCUUCCUUGCUCGAGCCCAUUCCGCAAGGACAAGAGCUAUCGGUGAGCUCUUCCUUCACCACUGCCUUCGUUUGUCCCGAGUCUGCUCAAGGAGGAUUAGGAACUCCGUCUCAACAUGCGUCAAAAUGUGGCACCAAUGCAUUACAAAACUGCAAAGCUGGGCGUGACGCUACCGGGAUUUCUGACGAGUUUCAUCCACCAGCAUGUUGCGCUUGCCGUAUAUCCUAUCACGUCAAUUGGGCUCCACCGAAUCCUGUCCAUCCGGAUGUGGAACAUCGAUCGAUGAACCACCUCCAAAAGCCACAACACUCAUCUGCUGAGGAGGAUUUGUUCGAUUUUGACAAAACUGCUCCCACUAAAUCCGAUCAUAGUCAGUCGAUCCACUGGGCGCGAGAGUUGAUCGGCCGUUUUCGCCUGAAUUCUGUGCAUGCAUAUUCAGACCACGAAAGAUCCCCUUCUAACGCCAGCAGCAACGCUGGUCGCCGCCAUUCCACUCCGCAUUCAAAUGGGUCUAGCAAGUCUUCUGAUAAAGGGAAUACUGGCGCUUGUGUUCCCGAUCAGAUCAACCCCAAACGCUUGCCAAGAUCUCACGGACCUGUUAGUGCUUUUCUGCAGUUCUCUGGAAAACCGCUACAUCAUCAGUCGAAUAUUUCAUUGACCACAAGCUCUAUUCCGAUUCCAGUGACUGCCACUCGUGGUGGUUGCGGUUCGUCUGCCCUCAAAUCUUCAUCCUGGAAGCCACGGAAAUUCUCUGCUCGGGUGCGCUGGCUGAGCCAAUCGAACUCUGACGGACGGGAUGAGGUUCCCUCGGUUUCAAUUUCCGGUUGUUCCAGCAUCCAGUCUCGUCUGUGCUCUUCUGCCCUUGAGCAGUUUCGGGGAGCGGUCGACCCACUAUCAGGUGGCCUGACUCAUCCCGUUCGCAUACAGCCGUUUGCACCAAACCCUUUGCUGAGUAACCGGGCUACCUUUCGUGUGAAACGCGCUUCCGAGUCACAGAAGCUGCUGGUCAUCAGUAAAUCACUCUCCGGGUCCCAGGAGGAACCUUCGCCUCUCUCGGUCGGGCACUUUGACGAGAACCACGUGUACAGCACGCUGUUUCGUCACAGCACCUGCUAUGAUGUGCUACCAGAUAGUGGAAAGCUACUCGUGUUGGACUCUCGAAUAGGUGUAGUUCGUGCAAUCCGAGCUCUCCUGGAGAAUGGGGUCUAUGCUGCCCCUGUCUGGCAUUCGGCCACACAAAAUGUGAUUGGGCUGCUGUCGCAAGACCUAGCCUUGCAUCUGCUCGCCUCGUUGUCUGCCUCAGUGUUGGAUAUCCCUGAGCACGAAACUCAGUCGCCACUGCCUGAGUCUACAAGUAAACACCUCACAGGACUUGCAGAGGGCUUGCGCGUCUGGGGAUCGCGACAGCUGUAUGAAGUUAUACGUCUGCUUGCAUCUCGCAUUGAUGGUAAUCCAGCUCUAGCUCCAGUAACUUUGGUUGCUCCUCAAACUGGGCUGAAAAAGGCGCUGAAUCGUCUGCUUCAUCCAACACGACCUGUCCAUCCACCUCUAACUCGACAGCACAGCAUCGACCGUGAUUUGCCAUCUCAGCCGAUGGAUGCUGUGGACGCAGUUGGUGGCAGCUGCAAUCAUGAGGAUUCCAUGCAGGUGGAUGAGGUUCCCACAGUUUCACAACCCCUCAUGGUCCCGCCACGCCAUCUCACUGACCCAAUCGCCCCAGCCAGCACUCCUCAGCGCGCUUCAAACAUGAAUGUCACCCCACGGGCGCCGUUGCCUGCCGUCAGCCCCACGCAUCUGAUCGUUAUGGACCCACUGUCGGGCAACUUACUGGGUCUACUCGGUGUGGAUCGCUUGCUCGCAUAUCUACGACUACGACUGGACGAGCUACCUUACUGCUCACAAAUGAUGGCCACCAUCGAGAGCAUACCAGGCCUACUCUGGACCGAGCGACAUUCACGCAUGGCGGCGACUAUAAUGAAGGCUGCUCAUCGUUCUUCGAUCGAUACAAAUCACGGCUCAGCUGCCAACGGGAUUCACUUUCCAGACCCCAUCUUGUUUACGAACACUAGUUGCCAAGAGGCAUUGCGCGCCGUGGCCACUUGGCUUCCCCAACUUCCUGCACUCCCGGUUCUCAGUCCCACUCAGGGUGCCACUACUCAGGCCAAUUUUCUACAAGGUUUUAUCUCACCCGGUGAUAUAUUGCACUUUGUUCUCGGUAAAUCGCCAAAUGAUGCAGUGACCCGACCGGUAAGCAAGAUACUGGAGGCGAAAAUGGUGCAUUGUCGUUUCCAACAAGAACACAUUUGUCACACCUACCAUACUGUGGCCGAUGUGCUAGACCGAAUGUUUCGUCUUCGAGCAUCUUGUCUCGUUAUCAUGGACUUCCCACUGCAGCAAGACACACGCUCCCCGCCUGCUGCCACUUCUAUCGGAAUGGUCACGUCUAGAGACUUAUUGCGUGCGAUUUUGUACACUAAGUCUGCCUACUCUCCCAUUCGGAGGCGCUCUGCCAAUUCACAGACCAGUGACUCUUCGCUUGGAUUUCAUUCAAAGUGCGCUAACGGAUUGCCAAGCCAAGUGUCCGAUCCGGAGCCGCUUGAGCUUUCCCUUGAAUCCACACACCAAUUCGACCCACAAAAGUUGGCUCAUUCGACCAAAUCGGACUCACUACUGGGGCCCUCUCGGUCAUCCUCGGGAGACGAGUCCCUGUCCUCAGGAAGUACCUGCUCCGCGGCAUUCUCUCCUACUGAUCGUGUUUACUUGGAGCACGCAAUGAGACGCUCAUCACUGCAACCGUCUUCUAACGCUUGUUCAUGCCCGUGCCACCAAAACGAUGCACGCAGAUUCAGCAUAGACUCGCAUCUACUCGCCACUUCCUCCUCCAGCGCACACACGAACUCGGAUUUAUCCCAUUUUAGCACAAGCAAAGGCCUCGAACUGGAGUCGUCUCCCUCUGGCGGAGCACACCGCACCGUCGGGGCUGCAAAGGGUUCCCCAGAAGCCAAAGAAUUUAGCUCAGCGACGCCUGGUGUUCCCGUCACUGUUCGUCAAUCGGUAUUCCCCUCUCCUCAAGUCGCCACACAUGUUCCAGAAACGAUCAACAGGAAGGUCGACCGGCACCGACGUGGUGAUGACGACGAAUCCGUCUUCCCUAUGGACUAG